GCUAUUUAGUCAUGGGGUGCAGUACUCCCUCCGCGCCGAGAGAUGGCGCUACUACACAAACCUGAACUGAGACCUACAGCUAGGUGCACUUUCCGCACAACAACAACAACAACAACAGCUGGCAGAUUAAAAGCUACAAAACACACACAUUGUUUUAUAAAUGGAUAAGAGCGACGAAGAGAUGGAAGAGGAUGACACCGAGUGGAAGAAGAGUUUGGUGGAGUCAGUCCCGCUCAGCCCCGCUGCUGCUGCUGCUGGUCCACGCCUCAGCAAGACACCUGCACACAGAGUCAUUGUGCACUUUGACCUGGACUGUUUCUAUGCUCAGGUGGAAAUGAUCAGAAACCCAGCACUGAGAGAAGUCCCUUUAGGUAUUCAGCAGAAGUACAUCAUAGUCACCUGUAACUAUGUGGCAAGGGAGCAGGGUGUCACCAAGCUGAUGUCUGUGACUGAUGCUAAAGAGAAAUGUCCUCAGCUGGUGCUGGUUAAAGGAGAAGACUUGACACACUACAGAGACAUGUCCUAUAAAGUGACAGAGCUGCUGAUGUCCUACUGUCCACUGGUAGAGAGGCUCGGAUUUGAUGAAAACUUUGUGGACAUCACAGAGAUGGUAGAAAGAAGGCUAGUGGAGACACUGGAGUCUAAGAACUUCACUUCAUUUAAAGGGCAUGUCUACAGUCAUUCCAGUGCAGCCGUUGAAGGCCAUGAUCAUCCGAGCUUGGCUUUAGGUUCACACAUUGCAGCAGAGCUGAGAGAAGCCAUCCAUAGCAAGCUGGGUCUGACCGGCUGUGCUGGCAUAGCCACAAGUAAGCUACUGGCCAAACUGGUGUCAGGUACCUUCAAACCCAAUCAGCAAACCACCCUGCUGCCAGAGAACGUCAGCGACAUUAUAGGCUGCCUGAGUGGUCUCCGCAAAAUACCAGGUGUGGGCCACCAAACUGCCAAGAGACUUCAAGCCCUGGGAUUGGUCAGCGUGAAAGACCUACAACUCUUCCCUUUGAAUGACCUGGUGAGAGAGUUUGGAGAUCCCAGUGCUCAACGCUUGAAGAAUCUGGCCAAUGGUGUUGAUGACUUACCUGUCACCCCUACUGGGCCACCUCAGUCUCUCAGUGAUGAAGACUCCUUCAAGAAAAUGUCAUCAACUAAAGAUGUUAUGGAAAAGAUCCAAGAACUCCUGAGCAAUCUGGUGGAGAGGAUGCACAAAGAUGGCAGGCAGCCUCACACCUUCCGGCUUACCAUCCGUAGAUACUCAGCGACUAACAAGUGGUUCAGUCGGGAGAGUCGGCAGUCUCCCAUCCCCAACCACAUAGGACAGAAGAUCACCUCUGGUGGCAGUGAUGAUGCUGUGGUCCAGCUGGUCCCGUUGGCCAUGAAGCUCUUUCACAAGAUGGUGGACAGCAGAGCCACUUUCCACCUUACCCUCAUCAACGUUUGCUUCAGUAACCUGCAGGCCAAGGGGGCUGCCGCCAACAGAAAGGGUGCCAUAACAUCUUUCUUCACACAAAGCACGUCUCCCAGAAAAACACAAAUCUUGCCAACACAAAGCCAGGAUAAUUCCUCUCAGAGCGGGGAUAGUCCCUGCAUGGAUCAUCAGUUCAGCACACCCAGCAUGAUUACUCAACCAACCUCAACCACAAAAAGCAUCCGUAGCUUGGAGGCAGUAUUACAUGGGCUUAAAAGAAAGCAAUGUCCUGUUGCUGCUGUAGACAACACUCCGCUUCAGGAGGUGUCCUGCAGCAAAGCGAGGUCAGACUUUGAUGAAACAGAUAGCAGGGUGACACAUCGAUUACCUCCGAAUGUUGACCCAGAAGUGUUCAGGCUUCUCCCAGCAGAAAUACAGGAGGAACUCUUAUCUCCUGCCAACACAAAGACUCUCCUCAGCACUUCAGUGAGCCCAGUUUCAGUCGUUGAUCUCCCCCACACGACAGUAAACAAGUCUCCACAGUCAGUUACAGACUCAAAAAGUAUUAAAGGCAUAAAAAAGGCUGCAAACAAAUUGGAUCCAUCUGACAGGUCGAGCACAGUGAAUCGUACAUUUCCAGAAGGAAACAACAUGGAAGAAGAGAUACUGUCAUUUCCACAGUCUUCUGACUGUCAGUUCCCGGGAAAUGUGGACCCUAAGGUGUUUUCUGAGCUUCCUGUGGAUGUUCAAAGGGAGUUGAUGUCUGAAUGGAAGCAACAGAAGCCAAUCCUGAAGACUGCCUCAUCUAAGAAACCAAGCAGAGGUUUAAAGGCCAAAGACAAAAAAUCUGCAGGAAAAGGCAGUCAGGCAAACAAUUUGUUGAAGUAUUUCAAACCCAAUUAGAGAGCAACAUAUCUUUUGUUAUGUUAUUUACCUCAGUGAAAAUCCUUUGUUACUUAUUGUUGAGUUGUCCUCAUGCGAUAUGUACAGGAAGUGGUAACAGUUCUCGGUACAAUAGUACUUUAACAAUCACAGUUUGGUGAGGCUUAUAGUGUACAUCAAAAUAAAUCCAAGUAUUUUUAUGAUACCUCUGCGCACAAGUGUGUAACCAGUUCACAGUAUGUCAGCUUCAGUAGCAGUUCAAUAGAGGGAUGUACAAAUUGGCCACAGUCACUACCUGAUUUCUGCACAGUCUGCGAUAUUAAGCCCAAAAUAAGAAAACUGCACUGAAAAUUUGUUACAAUUGGAUUCACACCAGAAGUAAUUGACACAAUAAAGUAAUUGAUCAACAAUUAAGUUAAUUAAUAGGAUAUAACAAACUACAGCCUUAAACAUGUCCGUUAAGUUUAAGCAAACAGUCCACUUACAAGCAUUACUACAACAUUCAACUGCAUCUUAGCACUGGUUGCUUUAGAAGAAGCUGGUAAGUUGACCUUUUAAUUUUAAUUUUUGUAAAACUACUGUCUAUAAAGUCAAUAAAUAAUGUUUAUGUUCUACUAUUGACUUUGAUCAACACCUCAACAGUCAACACAGUCCCACAAAAACAGGACAGACAACUUGAAUUUGACCAAGUUCGGUUUACAUUUCAAGUUUUUAGGUGUUUCUUUUUUCCAGUCAGUGUUAAUAUACAUUUUUU